AUGGGCAGUAUUCAGCACUGUGCCAUGAAUCAAAAUGUCAAUAUUGCCAAGACCCUCCGCACGAGCGCGCUCGACUUAGCAGCGCAGCUCCGACGCCUAGACAAGAGGAGCUACGUGUGCCUCGACUACAACGAGAUCGCGACCGGCAAGGGGGUCGAGGCGCUGGACGAGCUGCUCUACGACGGGCAUGCGCCGGCGUCGGGCAGUCUCGGGCGGUCUAUACAGGGAGCGCUGAGGCGGCCGAGACAAGCGCCGUCGCCCAGGACGUGCGCGAGCUUCGUGUGCGAGGCGCCGUCAGAGGGACGGAGGUACAGGAUGUCGGAGAGGCAUUGCGCGGACGCCAAGGAGCUACACGACGCGCUAGAGGAGCUGAGACGGGCUUGCCCGAACAAGGUCGAAGCAGACCUGACGAGGUAUGGUGGGGUGGGGCAGGGCUAG